AUGAAGGCGAGCUUUCCUGCAAUCUUCGUCGCGAUUUCCCUAGCCGUGGUCCCUACCUCUGUCGCUCAAUCGACGACAUCCUUUGCUCCAGUAAAGACGCUGCCUUAUGAAUUCACGCUGGCCGCCCUGAACACGACCCUUCCAAAUGCCAACGACACCGGCGUGCCUCUUGUCCUUGGUGACGAAUAUUUCCUUCCUGGUUCGGCAUUGUACAUAACGUCGACCUACGCGUCCUGGCCUUACAAGGAGAACAACAACAGUCUCGGGCUUGUCAGCGGCGCGAUGCGCGGCUAUGACCCGGAAGGUGCGUGGACAGUCAACGCAUCGCUAGUUGUUUCGGGGUACGCAAUGACAUGGCUCGGUUCCUAUAUGGGCUCCCCCGAGACAGAUCAGUUCACUGCUAUUCAUGCCGCGCGAGGACACAAAUACGCAUCGCUCGCCGCGCAUGGGCAAGAUGCCCUUUGGUCACUGUGCCCGACUGGGAACAAGGACGGGAAGAAUGAGGUGUUUUACAACAUCUCGUCGGCAACCUCACACUCUUCCGUCGUGGUCAAGGACUGCUACAAGGUCACCUUGCAGAUCAUACCCGUGCGCCAUUGAGAAUUCGGGGCGGUCGGGGCGUGGCGCAUAAUGUAGCUCAGCAACUCGGACACGACUUACUUCUUGCUUA